CAAAUUAUGAGCUGCCAGAAGAAAACCAAGCUUCUAACUUUAAGUUCAUUACUAAACUUGGAGAACCAACUAAACAUGAUAUGUGGCAUGUAUCGAAGAUUUCAGACUACAAUGGUAUUGUGGAUGCGGAUUGUGUUAAAAACUUGGGGGACCAACGUGAAGUUUGGCCCAACUUGAGGUGA